UCUGAUACCACAAUCGUCAGAUCGCAAACCAGCGACAACUGAGGGAGUCAAUUUUGGAUAUUCUGGCUUUUUAGUUCCGUGUACCAUCUUAAGGUGUGAGUGUCCCGGUUGCUUCGAAAAAUCAUACAGCAUGUCAGGUCCAACAGAUGAAGACAGAAGCCAUUUUGAUUUUAUGGACGUUUUACUUAAGAUAUCUAAGGCCCUUACAGACGUGGAGACAAAAGAGGUGAGGUUGUAUUGUAUGCACCUGAUUCCAAAUAGAGACCUCCACCAAAUGCAAGCAGUUGAUGUAUUUGUGGAGCUACAAAAGCGGCGAAGAAUAGACCGAGAGAACUUAGUCUUUGUUGAAGAGAUCUUGGAAAGAAUCGGACGACAGGAUCUGAUCAUGGAUUUUCUACAACCGUUUCAACGGCCUGACAGAGAGAUUCCGGAGACCCCCGAACUUCAACCGGGAACAAGCAGCGACUGUACCGAUGAAGAGGGACGUUCAACCUCAAACGCCUACGUGGUCCUGCACGGCCGGGUACGUUUGGUCCAGGAAAGUCUAGAUCGUCUUAGACACGACCUGGCAAGAUUAGCUGGCACCAGGAGGUCACAGGUCAAGUUCAGAGGAUACAAGAAACACAAAAGCAUCCUGGUGCACUUCACCAUACCGCGGGAGAGCACAGCGGUGCUAAGGCUCAUGGCGAGUUACUCCGACCCAAGACUUGUAUUCAUGGGCGUCACGUCACUGCAGAUCGACGCUGAAGCACCAAUCGAAGUCGCACAGGGGGCGGUUGUCAACAAUAUUACAAAACAGCAUACAGUUGAUGACAUCGAGGUUGGCUGCAUUCCCCGCACCAAGCGGCAGAGGGCGCCCAGCAACUGGACCCGCCUGUCCGCUCUGAACCUGUUCUCGGAUGCCCUGCCCCUCCAUCUGCAGGUAGCCGCGAGUCUGGAGUACCAGGGCUUCUCCUAUAGUCUGGUCCAGGCUCUGGUGCAGAAGGAUCAGAUCAGAGAACAAGAGAUGAAGAAGAAGGAUCAGCUCAGAGAACAAGAGAUGGAGAAGAAGGAUCAGCUCAGAGAACAAGAGAUGAAGAAGAAGGAUCAGCUCAGAGAACAAGAGAUGGAGAAGAAGGGUCAGCUCAGAGAACAAGAGAUGAAGAAGGAUCAGCUCAGAGAACAAGAGAUGAAGCAGCUCAUUCAAAAGGCAGAAGUAGAUUCCAACACGUUCAUGACCUUGCGCUCCAAACUGACCAUUUCACAGAACAGGUUGACGGAAGCCCUUGAGGUGAACGCAGUUCUUGAAAAGAAGCUCCAGCAGGCCUGUGAAUUCGCGGAGAAAGCCGCCAAGCAAGUUACCUCUCACGUGACGGAGUACAUGGAAGAGAAGCCACCUGGCGGCUGGUCACAGGAGUACAGGGGAGAGAAGCCACCUGGCGGCUGGUCACAGGAGUACAGGGGAGAGAAGCCACCUGGCGGCUGGUCACAGGAGUACAGGGGAGAGAAGCAGCCUGGUGGCUGGCCACAGGUCGAGAAGGCAGAUGUAGCUACACAGACACACUCACCGUUAAUAGGGACAGAGGGAGGCGCAUCUCGUACUACUGGAGACUUCAGCCAGCGUGAGAUCACUUACGGCAGGCAGGGAUCAGGACCCGGUAAAUUUCAGUACCCACGCGGCGUUGUGGUAUCGCCUAGCAACGAAAUAUUUGUUGCUGAUAAAAACAAUGGGCGAGUUCAAGUCCACACCACAGAGGGGGUUUACCUCCGCCACUUCCCAACAGUCGUACCGGGUACAGAGGACAAGAACAUGGAGCCACAUGAUGUUUCUAUGGACAGCAAUGGCACACUGUGGGUAGUGGGGGAAGGUGAAUCAGCCCAUCAUGUUGUACAAUACAGCACGGACGGGACCGCCAUGACACAGUUUCACCUUCAGAGGAGCAGGCUUCGUUAUAACCGCGGGAUUAAUAUUGCUGUGGACAUGCGCAAUAACCACAUCCUGGUGACUGAUGCAGACCGUGAGGAAGUUGAGGUGUUCCGUCCGGACGGCUCUCUGGUGCGGAGGUUCGGACAUCCACAGGGUGAGAUGAGAGACCCGCGGUACAUCACUGUGGACGGGGAAGGGAACAUUCUUGUGUCGGACUGGGACUCUCACUUUGUCUACAUGUAUGACGAGUCCGGGAGGUUUCUGCUGAAGUUUGCAGGUAAGGGAAUAGGUGAGGGUCAGCUACGGUCCCCAUGUGGCAUCUGUACAGACAGCUCGGGUCACAUCAUCGUGGCGGACCGUGGGAGAAAGAGGGUACAAGUUUUCACACGUCACGGCGAGUAUGUCCGGACCGUUAAAACUGAGUUCCGGGUAGAAGGCGUGGCCGUGGGACCGGAAGGGCAGCUGGUAGUGACUAAUAGUGGUCAUUCAGUUUCAAUUUUUCCUAGUUAUCUGUAA